GUAAUGUAUGUAGUGUACAAUACAUACAUUACAGUACUAUGGUUGCGACCUCUGUCAGCAGUAUGUAUGGUAUAGUUGAUAGGAAAAUGUGAAGGAUCCAUGGCGCGGAUGGAGUACUCAGAACACCAAACAGUGGGAUCGUUAACUUUAUAUAUCUGAGUGCGGUGUGGCAGACAGCGGAUGGGAUGUUAGGGCUACCUCCAUGAAAUAAUAGCGAAGAAACUGCUGGCUUCCGCGUCAUUGAUCGAGUUUGACAUAUUCGGUCUUUAUUGGCAACAUAACAUGCUCCACGCUCCACGCCUGAAACAUCCUGUUUGGGGGAGGAGGAGGGGGAGGUGAUAUUUAUUUUACGCUGGCUUUGGUGGAGCAAGAUCGCAGGAAGUUUUUCAUUCUUGCUAAUGUGGCAGUUAAUAAUUAACAUUUUUUUACUGUUGGAAACCAGACCCCUGAUCUCCGUGGGUUGAACCUUGCUGAUGUCACUGUCUCAGAAAUUGGCGCAUUGUUUUGUAGGCGGAUACAUAAAGCUUGGAUGGAAGAAGUCAUAAGUCAUGGAAGGGUGUGUCUCGCUUCUCUCUAUGCGCGCCUAAAACCAGGUUUUGUUCCCAGGUUUUACUUUAUUUUUCUUAUAUAGUUACCUAUUUAUUCAAUUGACGCAGCACAUGAACAUGUACAUACAUCAUACAUACAUAUAUAUGUAUAUAUAUAUAUAUAGGGAGAGUACAAUUAUUACAAUAUUACUACUGCUAAUACACGCAUACUGCUGAGUAGAAGCUGCGACGGGGCAUACGUCAGCUGUCAUUUAUAGUUAUCCCGCCGUUUUCUUUCUUUCUUUCUUUCUUUCUCUCUUUUGUCUGUCUCUCUGUCUGUCUUUCUUUCUCUCUUUUGUCUGUCUGUCUGUCUGGUCUGGUCUGGGCCAAUCCUGGCUCAACGGCGCUGCUCUGUCCACUCUCGUUCUUCGGACCACGCAGACUGCAUUGUAUCACCCUUGAUCCCGCCCCUGCAUCCCAGCCGUAACAGCCGUCGAAUCAAGAGGAGAGAGUACUUUAUAAAAAGAGCCCAGAGAGUGAUCACUGAUCAGCCACCUGAUUAGCUUCUCACUGGUCUCCGGCACUACUGCAAACUCCCGCUGGUUUCGCGGCACUUGUCAAGGCCGAUUAGCCUCCUGCAACGAGCACUCCUCCACACCCAAAUCAUCGUCAGGUUCACAACUGCUGGGGACUCCGUCUGCGGGAGCGUGAAUUGAGGCACGGCACGCAUACUGGAUCAGCCUGGCUGUUGUCAAUUGAUCAAUCGAGUCAAUCCAUCCUCUGCCUUGCCUUGCCUUGCCUAUCGACGCAGCCUACUAGAAAACGGGCAAGAAUUCUGCUGGUAUUCACUCAAUUGGUAGGACAGCUGCAAGUCUAGAAAAACUGAGAUAUCGUUCUCUUGCCGCUCGUUUUAUCUGCACGUGCCGUCCCCGUCUGUCGUUACAGAUCGCCUGCUCGGCACGUUGUAUCUUGUCGUCGUCUCCCCGGCUACUCACGACAAGCAUCGCAUUUCACAUUGCGCGACUGGAGAACUUUUCUGGUCAUAUUCCUAGCCAUUCUUAGGUCUAAUUAUGGACCUGGUGGAGUCAAAAAAAUAAUCAAUCGGUUCACCCUCGAUUUCUCCCUCUUCUAGGACAUGGUCUUUCCGGAAUAUUUGGUCGUGUUGGGUUUCUCCUCUUCAGAUAUUUCCCGGUGCUUUUUCCAUUCCUUUUUGGCCCCUGUCGGGUAACGAAAUUCAUCGAGUAGCGGAAGGGGGACACGGUUGCCCUAUUGCAGGAGUCUUUCCUCAAUCCCGUCCGAUUGGGAAGGGACGAAAAAUAGUACGCAAAAGUGACCCACUAAUCGACUUUUACCUCGACCAAAGAUCUUAGCACCAUGCGACCAAAACAAAUUGGUAAAGCUCCUCCUACCGAGCUGACGCCCACAUUCGAAGUAACCUCUGGCCAGCCGGACCCUUUCUUAACUCCAAAUGCCUCUUCUUCCUCCCUGAUUUCCCCUCUGCAGCCUCCUUAUUCCCCAGCCUAUCGACCGGUCUCUUCGCAUGGCACUGACUCCUCAGAAUACCUGGCACUCCCCAAUCCCCCGCAGCGGCAGCGCGACGAGAGGCAUGGCUCAGCUGAAUAUUCGAACUUACCGUCACGAGUAACAAGUUGGAGCUCGGAGGGAGGUGUCGUUCGAGAGGGCACCGGGUAUGCUUUCAAUCCAAUGUGGGAAAGUCGGAGUCACUCCCGAAUAGCCUCAGACGACGACCCCGUAACGACUCAGACUGUCGUGGAGAAAUAUGCCAUUUUUCCAAAUGAAAAUCUGCUGAUGUUUCCCGAGGAUGUAGAGAAGGAUGACUAUUUGCAUAAUCCGGACCCAAACGAUGAGGAUAGAGACUGCACUGUUUGUACUCGGAGAGGUGCCGCUAAUGUGCUGGGGCUCGCAGCUGUGGUCUUGGGGAGCUUGUCGCUUCUCAUUAUUUAUCCCAUAUUGACGCUUAUGGAGAGGUCGCGCCCCAAUACAUCCGUUUGUGCUGGCAAUCCGCUGUGUUUGGAUGUCGGCCCUAUUCCCCAUCUUCAAAACAUUCGAACAUCCCUUAUAGACCCGGAUACGCCGGAGUCCGCUAAAUCAAAGAUAUCUGCGGAUGGGAAAAAGUGGAAGUUGGUGUUCUCGGAUGAAUUCAACAAGGACGGACGAACGUUCUAUGAUGGGGACGACCCUUUUUUUCAAGCCGUUGAUAUUUGGUAUGGAGUGACGCAGGACCUAGAGUGGUACGACCCAGACGCUGUUACCACCAAGAACGGGAAGCUCGAGAUCCGCUUCGAUGCCUUCAAAAACCACGGACUAGAUUAUCGGUCCGGCAUGGUCCAAUCUUGGAAUAAACUGUGUUUCACCGGUGGGCGUUUGGAGGCGAGCAUAUCACUUCCUGGAAGGGGUGAUACAUCUGGGUUCUGGCCUGGGUUCUGGUCCAUGGGCAACCUCGGCCGGCCAGGAUAUGCUGCCACGACGGAAGGGAUGUGGCCGUAUAGCUAUGCCGAUGUAUGUGAUGCGGGUAUCACGCCCAACCAGAGCUCGACGGAUGGGAUUAGUUUCCUGCCUGGUAUGCGCCUCCCCGCCUGCACGUGCAACGGCGAAGAUCACCCGACCCCGGGUAAAUCACGAAGUGCCCCUGAAAUCGAUGUUAUUGAAGCAAAUGUGCAUGCCUUGGAUCCGGACACCCCGUCCAAUGUGGGAGAUGUAUCGCAGAGUGUUCAGGUUGCGCCGUUUGAUGUGUGGUAUAUGCCUAACUUUGAGUUCUACGAACUUUAUGACCCCAGAAUAACCACUAUAAACAGCUAUCGAGGCAGUCCAUACCAACAAGCAGUCUCAGGCGUAACAAACUUAAACAAUGACUGGUACGAUGGCAAAGCCUACCAAGUCUACGCCUAUGAAUACAAACCCGGACCCAAGGGUGAAAUAAACUGGUUCGUCGGCGCGGAUAAGACCUGGAAAGUGGACGCGCGCGCCCUGGGGCCCAACGGUAACGUCGGCCAGCGCAUCAUCCCGACCGAGCCCAUGUCGAUCAUCAUGAACUUGGGCAUGUCGAAUACAUUCGCGUACGUGAACCUGACUGGGUUGACGAAGUUAAUGCCGGCUACAAUGCGGUUUGAUUACGUGAGGAUUUAUCAAGAUCCGGAUGCAGUGAGUGUUACGUGCGACCCGCCCGGGUGGGAGACAACGGAGUAUAUUAAGGAUCAUCUGAAUGCUUAUGAAAAUCCGAAUCUGACGAGGUGGGAUGACACGGGCAACGCAUGGCCGAAGAACUCGUUCAUGCACGGAUGUUGAUGAAAGUUUUGCUAUAAUGUUACGUUAUACCGACACGCUAUACCGACACGACACGAUAGGACCCAAGAAGAUAAAAAUGACCUAAACUAACAUUUUCGAUGAAGAAACGGACGGAAGUUGUAAUUAUUAUACCCCUCGGUUGUUUAUCUUCUUUUUUUUAAGCUCUUGGACCUUGUCUUGGUGGAUGUUUCUUGUACUCUUCUUUUUUUCUCUGUGUAUAUUUACCUUUUUUUUGUUAGCUUUCUUGUAUAUUUUAGGGAGUGCGAACACAUACACACUGUAUAUGUAUGUACGUUAGUGACACGCGUCGGCGUCAGAUUGACAUAUUAAGUCAUUCCUGUGUACUAUCAUUAGCAGCUUGGGAGGGUUUUUCAUUUUGUCUUCUGCUUUUUUUUUAAUUUCAUUUUCCAUUUUUUCAUCUGCUGAAAAUGUAAUUUUAAAUAACGACGAU